AGCAUCACAUGAAUUGACUGUCAACAUGCAAGAUGGCCACGCAUCACAGGCAAAAUGCUGCUGGGCGGAGAAAAGUACAGGUGUCCUAUGUCAUUAGAGAUGAGGUGGAGAAGUACAAUCGGAAUGGGGUGAAUGCACUCCAGCUAGACCCUGCGUUGAACCGGCUCUUCACUGCUGGAAGAGACUCUAUCAUCCGGAUAUGGAGCGUCUACCAGCAUAAACAGGACCCAUACAUUGCCUCGAUGGAGCAUCAUACAGACUGGGUUAAUGACAUAGUUCUCUGUUGCAAUGGCAAAACAUUGAUAUCUGCCUCAUCAGAUACAACAGUCAAAGUAUGGAACGCGCACAAAGGCUUCUGUAUGUCAACGUUACGAACACACAAGGACUAUGUGAAAGCUCUGGCCUACGCUAAGGACAAGGAGCUUGUGGCAUCAGCGGGUCUUGACCGGCAGAUCUUUCUUUGGGAUGUGAACACACUAACAGCACUCACUGCUUCCAACAACACUGUCACCACCUCGUCACUCAGUGGGAACAAGGACUCUAUCUACAGUCUGGCUAUGAACCAGAUGGGCACAGUCAUUGUAUCAGGAUCAACAGAAAAGGUCCUGAGAGUGUGGGAUCCCCGAACAUGUGCUAAGCUGAUGAAGCUUAAAGGUCACACAGACAACGUUAAAUCCUUGCUGCUGAAUCGAGAUGGCACUCAAUGCCUGUCCGGCAGUUCAGACGGGACCAUCCGCCUGUGGUCACUCGGCCAGCAGAGGUGCAUCGCCACGUACCGGGUGCACGAUGAAGGGGUCUGGGCCCUGCAGGUCAAUGAGGCCUUUACACACGUCUACUCUGGAGGCAGGGACAAAAAGAUAUACUGCACCGACCUGCGUAACCCAGACAUCCGUGUGCUGAUCUGCGAGGAGAAGGCCCCGGUGCUCAAAAUGGAACUGGACAGAUCUGCUGACCCACCUCCAGCGAUCUGGGUCUCCACCACCAAGUCAUCCGUUAAUAAAUGGUCUCUAAAGGGAAUGCACAACUUCCGGUCAUCAGGGGAGUAUGACAACGACUGCAGUACUCCUCUGACACCACUGUGCACUCAGCCAGAACAAGUCAUCAAGGGAGGUGCCAGUAUCAUACAGUGCCACAUUCUGAAUGACAAGAGACACAUACUCACCAAAGAUACCAACAACAAUGUGGCUUUCUGGGAUGUCCUGAAGGCUUGCAAAGGUGAAGACUUGGGGAAAGUGGAGUUCGAUGAAGAGAUUAAAAAGCGUUUCAAGAUGGUCUAUGUGCCAAACUGGUUCUCUGUUGAUCUAAAAACUGGGAUGCUCACAAUCACACUGGACGAGAGCGACUGCUUUGCUGCCUGGGUGUCUGCAAAGGACGCUGGGUUUUCAAGCUCUGAUGGAUCCGACCCAAAGCUGAACCUGGGUGGACUGCUCCUCCAGGCUCUGCUGGAGUUCUGGCCCAGAACUCGCAUUAACCCAAUGGACGAGGAAGAGAACGAGGUGAACCACGUGAAUGGAGAGCAGGAGAACAGGGUCCAGAAAGGAAAUGGAUAUUUCCAAGUGCCACCACACACGCCCGUCAUCUUCGGGGAAGCAGGAGGCAGAACUUUAUUUAGGUUGCUAUGUAGAGAUUCAGGUGGAGAGACUGAAUCGAUGCUGCUGAACGAGACAGUUCCACAGUGGGUUAUUGAUAUAACCGUCGAUAAAAAUAUGCCCAAGUUCAACAAAAUCCCAUUCUACCUCCAGCCCCAUUCUUCCUCUGGUGCAAAAACUCUGAAGAAGGAUCGCCUCUCGGCCAGUGACAUGCUCCAGGUGAGGAAGGUGAUGGAGCACGUUUACGAGAAGAUCAUCAACCUGGACAACGAGUCGCAGACCACCAGCUCCUCGGCCAACGAUAAGCCGGGCGAGCAGGAGAAGGAGGAGGACAUGGCCAUGCUAGCCGAGGAGAAGAUCGAACUAAUGUGUCAAGACCAGGUUCUGGAUCCCAACAUGGACCUGCGAACAGUUAAACAUUUUAUCUGGAAGAGCGGAGGGGACUUGACGCUUCACUAUAGGCAGAAGUCCACGUGAAAAUCCU